AUGAUUGUGCCAAAAGUAUCACCGAUCUGUGUUCAAGCCCCAGCUGAGAAAGGUCUUCAAGGAUUUGCUAUUGAUUUUCUCAUGGGUGGUGUCUCUGCCGCUGUGUCAAAAACAGCUGCUGCACCCAUUGAACGUGUGAAGCUUUUGAUCCAGAAUCAAGAUGAGAUGCUUAAGUCUGGUAGGUUGGAGAAACCAUACAAAGGUAUCGGUGAAUGCUUUAGCAGAACCAUUAAGGAAGAAGGUUUCGGAUCUUUGUGGAGAGGAAACACUGCUAAUGUCAUUCGUUAUUUCCCAACCCAGGCUUUGAACUUUGCUUUUAAGGAUUACUUCAAGAGGUUGUUCAACUUCAAGAAGGACCGUGAUGGCUACUGGAAAUGGUUCGCCGGAAACUUGGGAUCUGGUGGUGCUGCUGGUGCCUCCUCCCUACUUUUUGUCUACUCUCUUGAUUAUGCUCGAACCCGUUUGGCUAAUGACGCCAAGGCUGCAAAGAAGGGAGGUGAAAGGCAAUUCAAUGGUCUUGUCGAUGUGUACAAGAAGACUCUUGCUUCUGAUGGUGUUGCUGGACUUUACCGUGGAUUCAACAUUUCAUGUGUUGGAAUCAUUGUUUACCGUGGUCUUUACUUCGGAUUGUACGAUUCCUUGAAGCCUGUUGUCCUCACUGGCAAGAUGCAGGAUAGUUUCUUUGCAAGUUUUGCACUUGGUUGGGUGAUCACAAAUGGUGCUGGUCUUGCAUCUUACCCAAUCGACACAGUGAGAAGACGUAUGAUGAUGACAUCUGGUGAAGCCGUCAAGUACAAGAGCUCAUACGACGCCUUCUCCCAGAUCUUGAAAAACGAAGGUGCCAAGUCACUGUUCAAGGGAGCUGGAGCCAACAUUCUUCGUGCUAUUGCUGGUGCUGGUGUCCUUUCCGGAUACGACAAAUUGCAGCUUAUCGUUUUCGGCAAGAAGUACGGAUCAGGCGGCGGCUAAUACGUUUCUUUUCGUAAUUAUCUGCAGAUGGUGACGACCAACAAACCAAAACAAAGCUUUUGAAUUUUUAUUUUGAGGGUUUUUCUUCGUUCGCUCGGUUUGAAUAAUAAGGAUUCAGUUUUGGGAGUGUUCCCUUUUGAAAUAUGGAUUUUCCUUCAUCUUUUUUUGUUAAGUAUUAUUGUGAACCUCUAUCAUUAGAGAGCAGUACUGAUUUUUAAUAGGUAAAACGAUAUUAAUUUGGAUGAUUUCCUUUUGUUUUUCACUCUUUGCCUCUUGCUUUUGGUUAUUAUUUGAUUAUGAUCGAAUUUGUUUGUUUUUGGACGUGACUGGUGAGCGUUUAAGUUUCAACUCAAAACGAAAAUCAACUUCAUUUUAUUGUAUUUUCGCUUCAGUGUUGUUUUUAACCUUUUGCGGAUUAUUAAAAUUUUUGGCAAAGAUUUUUUACAAUGAAGUUUGGUUUAAAAAUUAACCCAAAGUUUUUAUUUUUCUUGAUUAAAACCUAAACUUGUUUUUCGUUUUGUUUUUGCUUUGUUGGUAAUUUUGUAGGUUACUUUAAAAUUUUCUUUCCAAGUUAACCCUCAUCUUUGUAUAUUUUUCUUAUAUUUUUUCUCGUAUUGUUGUGAACUUUAUGUGGACCUUUCAGUAGAAAGUACUUCCACGAACACAAGCUUUUCAUGCCAUUCUUG